AUGGCCCCGGCCCGCCCGGCUCCCCUCCGACCCCGGCGAGGGCGAGCAACUCCGUGCGCCCCGGCCGCCGUGCGCCCUCGCCGUGCGCCUCUGCCUCUGCCGGCGGCGCAGCGCGCUCUGAGCCCGGCGCGGCCGCCCCUGCGGGCAAGGAGGCCAGAGGGAGGCGCCACGGGCCGACGGCGGAGGCAGGGAAAGGGGCGGCCCGGGGGAGGGGCGCAGCGGCCUCGCACAGCCCCGGCCAGGAGCCGCCACGCCUGCCUGGGGAGGGGAUGGAUUGCUGCAAUUCUCCGAAAGCGAAAACUUGACUAUUAUUUGUACAAACUUCUCCCUGAGAUCUUGCAAUCAACGUCCUUCCUGACAGCAAAUGGAAGUCUAUAUAUUGCGUUCUUCUGCAUUCUAAGGCGGAUACUUGGAAAAUUCUAUUUUUGGAGUCCUGGUUUUGGGGCUGCUUUACCGGCUUCUUAUGUAGCUAUCCUUAUUGAAAGGAAGAGCAGGAGAGGACUUCUUACAAUUUACAUGGCUAAUUUGGCUACAGAAACGCUAUUUCGCAUGGGGGUAUCAAGAGGAACAAUUACUCCUUUAAGACACGGAGAAGUCCUUUUGUUCUGCAUCACGGCUGCGCUGUUUAUGUUCUUUUUCAGGUGCAAGGACGGCUUGAAAGGAUUUACAUUCUCAGCACUUAAAUUCAUUGUAGGAAAAGAAGAAAUUCCUACACAUUCAUUUGCACCGGAAGCAGCGUUUCUAAGAAGGGAGAAAAAGGGAAAACACCAUGAAGAAGUAACACAGAGAAUGAACAUGAUUGCUGUAACCAAGAAACUUGUGGACAAUGUAUGUAAGCACGGGCCGAGGCACAGAUGUUGCAAGCACUACGAAGAUAACUGCAUCUCCUAUUGCAUUAAAGGCUUCAUUAGGAUGUUUAGCGUUGGUUACUUGAUCCAGUGUUGCCUUCGAAUCCCAAAUGCGUUCCACCAUGGUUUACAAAACCUUCUGGCUAAAGUUCUCUGCUCUUCUAAAGCAGCAGUAAAUUUCCAGCUUCUGGCUGUAGCCAAGCCUGCGGUCAUUUUAUAUAAGGGUACGAGCUGCUUCUUGCGUUGGGUACGAAACCUGGAUGAUGAACUACAUGCACUAAUUGCUGGGUCCUUGGCAGGAGUUUCUAUGAUGUUUUACAAAAGUACUACGAUUUCCAUGUACCUUGCUUCUAAACUAGUAGAGGCCAUGUAUUUCAAAGGCAUUGAAGCUGGAAAGGUUCCCUAUUUCCCUCACGCAGACAGCAUCAUCUAUGCUGUGUCUACAGCUAUCUGCUUCCAAGCUGCCGUGAUGGAAAUUCAGAACCUGAGACCUUCAUACUGGAAAUUCCUUUUACGAUUAACAAAAGGCAGGUUCGCUCUGAUGAAUAGAAGAGUCUUAGAUGUAUUUGGUACUGAAGCCUCUAUGCACUUCAAGGGUUUCAUACCGAAACUUGACCCAAGAUACACUGUCGAGCCUCCAGAACUACCUGUCGAACAGUCUUGGAAGUGAUAUGUUGGCCUGUGAAUAAAUCUGACCAAUGUCUGUGCUGAAGAAUUAAAUUAAUUGUAACAGUCGAGUACAUGGAAGAGGGCUUGUGUUCCGCUUCAGUAUUGUUUCCGUGAGUCGUUUCUUACCAAUCAAAACAUACCGAAGCACAGUUCAAAGGCUUGGGCUGUAGUUCUGCCCCCAACCUUUAAUAGAAAAAAAAAUGAUGCUGGAUCACUGUGAUCGGUUCACAAGAGAGUAGAUUUUUUUUACAAAAUUAAUAUAUCAAAAAUGAGUACGAGUGUGCUUAAAAUCACAACUUUUUUUUCCUCAGAACAGUUCAUUUUAAUUCAUUCCAGUAGGUAGUUUAAAAAAAACCUAAGAAUAUUUUUGCAUUUAGAAAAGUUAAAGGGACAUUGAAUAUAUAUAUAUAUAAUUGGUUGUUGGUAUAAAUUUUAUUUUAAAAAUCAGAUUUUAGCGGGGAUUUUUUUCUAAGUUCCAGAUAGUAUUAUUUUGGGGGGUGGGGGAGUGUUUUGUUUCAUUUUGUUUUGAGGGGGAGAAGGAGAAUAUUUUUCAUUCAGUCACUGGAAAAUAUUUAAAGAGCCAAUAUCGAGUAUUCUUGUUACGACAGCACUGUUUAUGCCCACGUUUGGAUAUUGCAAACUGCCUUAUAGAAACAACUAGUUUUCUUCUAAAUCCAUUCUCACACGUGGAAUUCCCAGUAAGAGAAUGAGAAGAAACACUACGACUGAGGCUUUGGUAACAAAGGUUUGGAGACCUUGGUACGGAUACCUGCACAAGACAAGACCGCUCUGUGAGGGGAAUGUAGCAUUUUGUGUGUGGAAGGAAGACUCACAAAAUACUGGAUAAUUUCGAGAGCAAAAAGUUUUAAAGAGUAUAUACAGAAGACUUGAGAAAAUGGAAGCGUACAAUAUGGAACUGAAAGGAUUUUGUAAACCUGUUUGCAUCGUCAACAAUCCAGUGGCCUUCAAAAGGAAUCAAAAGCCCUGCAGUUCAACAGGUGAAGCCAAACAAAUUGAUCUGUUAACAUCGCGAUGCUGUGUACCUCUCAAUAUUGUUCCUGGCUGAAUUGUUUUUUUGACAGCGUCUGGCAGGGACACAGCAGCCAUAAGUACAGACAAAUAAGGCAUUCAGGCUGCCUCCCGGGAUCCAUUUUUCUGUCUCUGUUAGUUCCAAGUGACAACUGAAUGUUCAGCUUCCGUUUGAACAAUGGACCCAGCUAUAGAGAUAAGAGACUUUGCAGGCAUGUCCGUUUGUUUGCUUUGCAGGGAAAAGACACAUCAUUUGAAGUCUGGAUCUAUCCAUUAUGCAAAAAAUAAAAAUCCCUCCACUCGAUAUGUCCGUGAAAUGUCACACAGGUUGGGUAUAUUGUUCAGACUCUGAUUUAAUUGCUGUAAGUUAUUUUUUUUCUGAUUAUGUAUGUACAUAGAUAGAUUAUAUAUAUAAUUAUAAUAAUAAUAUAUAUAUCUAUAUAACAGAAAUUUUUUUCCCAGACACUGUAACAAUUAAGUUUAUAUUGAAGCAGCCAUAGCAUAAUGCUUUUGUUCGGACCAAUGAAAAAGUCACAAGUGUGAAUUUAUGAGGGUUUUUUACUAGUCCCAAUAAAGGUAUCAUUAUGCUGUUUGAACGUUUAUAUAAAUUCAGACGGACCAAUGCA